AUGCUCUUCUUCGUCUGGCUCCUACUUUUCCCGAUAGUCACGGCGUUCCUGUUUGACACAGGCUUCGACUUGGACCAUGACCAGCCGUUGGACCCCAUGGCUCAGUUCCAGGCUGGACUCAGUCCGUUCAAACAGUCAGUGAUACCUCCCAGAAAGGGUAGAGAAGACUACUUGACAGAAUUUACCCCCAUCAGCAAUACCAUCGUGCAGAGCGAGCUCCAGCUCUACUCGUUCAACGUCAACACUUCCAGCGGGCUAGGCGAGUACUACCAGCUCUUGAUCUUCUUGACAGGAAACCUCUGCACCCAGCCGUCCAAUGUGGGCCUGAACGACACCAGUCUUGCGGUGUACUACUCGUUCAACGCGUCGAUGUUCACCAACUUUGAGCUUGGUCAGAUGGAGCUCUUUGAGGCUGGGUACUUCCAGGCAUUGACGGAUGUCCCUAUCGUGGACUCGUCCGAGUAUGAGGACUCAGUGCUCUACAUCGCAGUUAGAGCGCCUGAAAACACCGACCGAACCGCCAACUGGACCUACCAGAUCGGUGUGUCCCAGAAUGACUUGGUCUUCCAGUGGGACGACCGUCCUUCCGCAAUGGUGGUCGACACCGAUGAGCAGUCGGCGUUGAUCGUCACCAACAACUUGACUGCACCCCACUCCAGCGACCUCUCGCGGCUCAACAUCUCGAAAUCGCCCUACUCGCUCUUGGUGUACUCCUACGACUACAAGGACUACUUUGCGUCGUUGAACUGCAGUUGGUGUGCCAUCAGAGACGGGCCUGCCUUGCUCAGCUCCUCGGAAAUCAACACCAGCUACACCACCCGAAACGGCGGAAUCCAGCAGCAGUUCUACGUCAGCAACUUAAACAGCUCCACUAAGUACCUCGCGUACCUUGUGUCUGAUUUCGGCGGAAACAGCUUUGGUGGCGCCAUCUACCAGCCUUUGGAGUUCGAGACCCUCGACAGUCCAGCCUGCGAGUUGAUCUACGACUUGGAGUUCUGCGACAGAGUGGCCUACUCAGUUCCCACCAACAAGGACGGUUCCAAGGACAGUGUAAAGCAGUUAUACGACGACCAGGCCAAGAACCUCUUCACCAACUUCUCCAAGGCGCUCCAACAGAUCGCAUGCAACACCACUGCGGAUGCCGUUUUUUCUCCAGUUCGGACGUGCGAGGACUGUGCUGAUAGCUACAAGGACUGGCUCUGUGCUGUGACCAUUCCCCGGUGCUCGACGCGAAACGUCACAGGCUACAAGUACAGGGAGACCAACGAUUCGAGAAAUGACUUUAUCUUAAACACCAUCGAACCCAACCUUCCCUACUACGAGGUAUUGCCUUGUCUCAACGUGUGCCAGGCCAUUGUGGCCGACUGUCCUGCGGAUUUCCAGUUCAGCUGCCCCAAAAAAAAUGUAUCCAUCGAGAAGUCGUACUAUUUCGAUUUGGGAGGCCGCUAUCCUACCUGCAAUUACGUGGGCACAGAAAAGGUGGUGAGCAGCCGUGGGUUGAGAAACACGGUCAACUGGCUCUUGUUGCUGGUGGUAGUAGCUGCCAAUGUGCUCGUUUAA